CAUGGAUUUCCUAGAAGAUGGAAACCACACUGCUGUGACAGAGUUCAUUUUAUUGGGCUUAACUGAUGAUCCAAUUCUUAAAGUCAUCCUAUUCACCAUCAUCCUGUGCAUCUACCUGGUUACUGUAUCUGGGAACCUCAGUACCAUUUUUUUCAUUAGAUUUUCUUCCCAGCUCCAUCACCCCAUGUACUUUUUUCUCAGCCACUUGGCUUCUGUUGAUAUAGGCAUUUCAUCGUCUGUCACACCCAAUAUGCUUCUUAACUUCCUGGUAAAACAAAACACCAUUUCCUACAUUGGAUGUUCUAUACAAUUUAGCUCAGCUGCUUUCUUUGGGACAGUUGAAUGCUUCCUUCUGGCAACCAUGGCUUAUGAUCGCUUUGUAGCAAUCUGUAGCCCUCUGCUUUAUUCCACCAAAAUGUCCACAGAAGCCUGUAUCCAGUUAGUUGUUGGAUCUUAUAUACAGGGUUUUCUUAAUGCUUCUCUUUUUACUCUUUCCUUCUUUUCCUUGUUCUUCUGUGGACCGAAUAGAAUCAAUCACUUUUACUGUGAUUUUGCUCCUUUGUUGGAACUCUCCUGUUCUGAUUCUACUGUCUCUGUUGUUGUUACCUCAGUUUCUGCUGGUUUUAUUACAAUGAUAACAGUGUUUGUUAUAGCCAUCUCCUAUUCCUAUAUUUUCAUCACUAUUAUGAAGAUGCACUCCACUGAGGGUCGACAGAAGGCCUUCUCUACCUGUACCUCCCACCUCACUGCGGUCACUCUGUUCUAUGGAACUGCUAUAUUCAUUUAUGUGAUGCCAAAGUCCAGCUACUCCACAGACCAGAACAAGGUGCUGUCUGUAUUCUACACAGUGGUAAUUCCCAUGUUGAACCCCCUCAUUUACAGCCUCAGAAAUAAUGAGAUUAAGGGUGCUCUGAAGAGACAUCUUGGUAAGAAAAUAUUUUCUUAG